AUGACGUCAGAGAGCAUUUCCCGGUGGCGGUGCGGAACGUGCAAGCUGCAUGCAGAGCGCCAGUCUGUGUCUCCUGAGGAAUUGGGGAGUGUGUCAGGAGAGGGAUCCCAGGAGGGGAACCUGGGAAAACUAGUGCAACAGAACGAUGCUAUCAAUCGUAAACUGACUGCCCUCUUGAUUAGAAUCAACGCUAUUGAAAAGUCGCUGGAGAUUCAGACUGGAAAAGGUGAUGAGUUGAUGUCUAAGAUUGAAAACCAAGGGAGGACGAUUGAGGGCAUUGAAGAAUCUAUGAACAACCAGUCAGCAAGGCACCAAGAGCUGAUGACUAGACUGGACAGCCAAGACAAAACAAUUAAGGGUCUAGAACAGAAGGUGAAUCAAUUAGAAGAGAAAAUAACUCAAAGGGACGAAGAACUCUGGGCACUAAGAAAGGCCGUCUACAAUGCGGAACAAUAUUCCCGAAGGCAAAACAUCGAAAUUCACGGAGUCACUCAACAACCUAACGAAAGCCUGUUAGAGGUAAUUAACGACAUUGCUACUAAGCUAGGCGUGCCACAACUCGCAACCACUGACGUCGAGGCUGCCCACAGACUAAGAGCAAAAGAAGGUAGACCAGCACCCAUACUGGUGAGGUUCACUGAGAGGCGCACGAGAGACGUUUGGGCAAAAAAACGAGUUAGUCUUAGGAGCGAAAACAUUUACAUUAAUGAAAACUUAACCCGAGCAAUCAAGAAUUUGUUGUGGACAACAAAGGCAUGUGCCAGAGAAAAAAACUACAAGUAUACAUGGGUAAAAAAUGGAAAGAUUUUUGUGAGACAGAACGAGGGUGCCGCAGUAAUUCAGAUUGAGAGCGAAAGAGAUUUCGCCAAAAUUAGAUAAUCAUGCAGUCUUCCUUUGAGUCUUUUGAGGAAUGGGAUGCUUACACAAAACAGUCAAUAGCAAAGGACGGUUGCGGGAAUACGAAGUUAAGUUUAUUACAUGUAAAUGUGCGAAGCAUCUACAAGCAUUUUGAUCAGUUAAUGGUGCUUUUGGAGGGGCGGCUUCCUCUCCUUGAUGUGCUUAUACUAACCGAGGUAAAUUUACACGAGGCAUCUUGUGCGUCCUUUAGCCUAACAGGUUUUCAUUCCUACAAUAUAUGCAGAGAAGGAAGAAGGGGUGGGGGAAUCUUAUUAUACAUAAAUAACAACUGUUUAUCUGAUAGAAUUGAUGUAAAAUUGGAUAAUGCAGAAAUUUGCGCGGCAGUCGUAAAUAAGGAUAAGUUCUCCUAUGUAGUUUGUGCAGUUUACAGACCACCCAGUUCCAAUUUAAACAUGUUUUGUGAUGAAUUAUCGAAGCUGCUUCCGAAAUUCGAUAACAAUAAAUAUUUAGUUCUUGCAGGAGAUUUUAAUAUUGAUGUUUCGAAUGAGUUAAAACCUGGAGUGUUGUGCUAUCUUGACACCCUUUCUGCUUUUGGGCUUGAAAAUGUUAUUCAGGAUUAUA